AUGGCUGGACUGCUCCACCAGACAGCCAAGAAGGCACUCGUCAAGUCGGCACCGCUCGAACUGCGACGACACGCCAGCAGGCCUGCCAUCGCACGCCUCAAGGCAGUCCCCGAGACUCCCUUGGUCCCUCGCAUCGUCUAUGAGGACGACAGGCAUCUGGUCCUGAACAAACCGUCUAAUGUGGCACUCCAAGGACAGCACGGUUCUCCGGCGAGGAAGCGGUGGGACGGUCUCCUCGACACUUUGAAGGCACGACCAGAGUCGCCCACGCUGCAUGCCGUACACAGGCUGGACAAGGCUACGACAGGCGCCCUCCUGCUCGCCAAGUCGCCGGCGAUAGCAGCCCGGCUCGUUCAGCAGCUCCAGCGUCACGAGAUCAAGAAGACGUACCUCGCCGUCGUCCAUGGCCAGCUCCGCCCGGGCUUCGAAGGAGACAUCCGCAACCGUCUCCGGAUGGACCUCGAGCGCGUGAGGGUGUGCGGCGACGACGAGGGCGUCGAGGCGCACACACAAUGGCAGUGCAUCUCUGUGUCGUCUCGCUUCUCUCUCCUCCGCCUGAGCCCGACAAGCGGCCGCAAGCACCAGCUGCGCGUUCACUGCGCCGACGUGCUCAAGGCCCCCGUCGUUGGCGACUUCAAGCUGGCUCCGAACGCUCCUCAUGCGGACGCGCUGAACGAGCUGAUGAUCCCGCUCGACCAAGUCCUGUUGCAUUCCACCUCAUUGUCCUUCUACGCCUGGUCGAAGGAGACGGGUCGGCGAUCCACCAUCACGGCUACUGCGCCUCCAUCAGCCGAGUUCCAGCGUUUCUGCAAGUCGCACGGGCUCAGGAUCCCCGAGGAGAUGCUGGCAUGA